AUGGCGAUUGGAGACGAAACUAACGAGAGCACAUCGAGACAUGUGAAUGCACCAGUAGCACCUGCUGUUUUUCCCAUAAUUGAUCAUAAUCAUCCUCUUUUCCUUCAACCGACUGAUACACCAGGUAGCUUGCUCAUUUCUCUUCAGCUAACUAGCUUAGAUAACUAUGCUUUGUGGAGUCGAUCUAUGAGAAUAGGUCUAUUAGGUAAAAGUAAACUAGGUUUUGUGAAUGGUCGAUACCCAAAAUCUAAGUUUGAACUUGAAUUUCAUGAGCAAUGGGAAAAGGUAAAUGUUGUAGUACUCUCUUGGAUGAAUGUUGUGUGCCCAGGGCUAUUAAGUAGUGUAGUGUAUACCUCUAAUGCUCAUAAGGUAUGGGAAGAUCUGAAGGAUAGGUUUGAUAAAGUAAAUAGAUCUAGAGUUCUAUACCUGCAUAGAGAUAUUCAUACACUAACACAAGGAACAAUGAAUGUAGCUGAUAACUUCUCUAAACUAAGUGAUCUAUGGGAUGAGUUUGAUGCCCUCAUGCCCUGUCCUGGUUGUCUCUGUCAAGAAUCAAAGAAAUAUGCUGAGCAUUUUGAGUAUCAUAGAUUACUUCAAUUUCUCCUGGGAUUGAAUGAUACUCACCCUCUAGCUCGAAACCAAAUCAUGAUGAUGAUAUUAGUGCCUAGUAUUAACAAGGCAUAUUCUCUUCUUAUGGAUGUGGAAAGCCAAAGGAAUCUGGCAAACUUCACUCAAAUGGUGCAAAUGACAGAGGUUGCUAACAUCAAUGCUUUGUAUGGCAACAAAAAUCCAACCCUUGGGAAUGGAUAG